GGUGGGUGAGCGCGCGCGCCGCCCGUCCGUCGUGGUUUCCUGGCUGCGCGCGGCGCUGGUGGAGUAGCUGCAGCUGUAGCAGCCCCCGCGAAGAUGGCGGAGGGGUUGGAGCGUGUCCGGAUCUCCGCGUCGGAGCUGCGAGGGAUCCUGGCUACUCUGGCUCCGCAGGCCGGGAGCAGAGAAAACAUGAAGGAGCCCAGGCAGCGCAAAGAUAACAGGCGCCCAGACCUGGAAAUCUAUAAGCCUGGACUUUCCCGACUAAGAAAUAGACCUAAAAUCAAGGAACCCUCUGGGAGUGACGAACUCAAGGAUGAAACUGUUAAUGACAGAGAUUCUUCUACUGUUGGAGACAGUACACAGCUUAUUAAAGAUGUCUACAAAGACAACCAACAGCAAAAUGGUCCUGUAGAUGCUGAAAAUAUUCAGGUACAGGAGUUCUUGCCCAGGACUGUUGGACAAGAGGAUCGAAGUCUUAGAAUUAUCAAAAGAACAAAGAAACCUGACAUGCAGAUCUAUCAGCCUGGAAGGCGUUUGCAGACUGUUACCAAAGAAUCGACUAGUAGCCGGGUAGAUGAGGAAGAAAUCCUCAACCAGGUGGAACAGCUGAGAGUAGAGGAAGAUGAGUAUAGGGGGAGUGUGAAAGAGGAGGUUGUGAGUAAACCAGACAAAGAGGAGGCAGGAAAGAGCCUAAGUGGUGACAGAGGGCGGGCUGCACAGGGAGAAAAAGGAAAGCGGAUUGAAAAAGGAGAGGGUGUGAAGAAGGUGAACGAUGACCUGGCUCAGGGGAAGCCAGGUUCUGCCAAGCGAUAUUCCCGCUCAGACAAACGAAGGAACCGCUAUCGCACUUGCAGUACCAGCUCAGCCGGUAGCAACAAUAGCGGCGAGGGGGCUGGCCUGACUGAUAAUGGAAGUCGCCGCCGCCGCCAGGAUCGGACCAAGGAGAGGCCACGACUGAAGAAGCAAGUAUCUAUGUCCUCAACUGACUCCUUAGAUGAGGACAGAAUUGAUGAGCCUGAUGGGCCCCGGAGAAGCUCAGAAAGGAAAAAACAUUUAGACAGAAGCUGGUCUGGCCGUGGAGAAGGGGAGCAGAAAAGCAAUGGUAAAGAAAAUCGAGGCACUCUUCGAGUUACUUUUGACGCAGAAACCAUGAACAGAGAUUCCCCCACGGUGAGGUCAGCCAGGGAGGAUGUGGAUAGGAUAAAGCCAGACAAAGGCUCGAGCAGUGGGGGCAAAGGCACCGAGAAGCAGGAAUCCAAAAACCUGAGACAAGAACUUCGGGGUCGUGGCCGUGGCAUUCUGAUUUUGCCUGCCCACACCACCCUGUCUGUCAAUUCAGCCGGUUCUCCAGAGUCUACACCUUUGGGACCUCGGCUUUUAUUUGGAUCUGGUAGUAAGGGAUCUCGGAGUUGGGGCCGAGGAGGCACCACUCGACGAUUGUGGGACCCAAACAAUCCUGAUCAGAAACCUGCUCUAAAGAGCCAGACGCCUCAGUUACAUUUCUUGGACACUGAUGAUGAGGUCAGCCCUACCUCUUGGGGUGACUCACGCCAGGCCCAAGCAUCUUACUAUAAGUUUCAAAACUCUGACAACCCCUAUUAUUACCCCCGGACACCAGGCCCUGCUUCCCAGUAUCCUUACACAGGCUAUAGCCCUCUGCAGUACCCGGUGGGCCCUACAAAUGGUGUGUACCCAGCGCCUUACUACCCAGGCUACCCGACUCCAACAGGACAGUAUGUUUGUAGCCCCCUCCCUGCCAGUGCCCUGAGUCCUGAGGAGAUGGAGCAGCACAUGAGGAACAUGCAGCAGCAGGAACUACAUAGGCUUCUCCGUGUGGCAGACAACCAGGAACUGCAGCUCAGCAACCUGCUUUCCAGGGACCGCAUCAGUCCAGAGGGCCUGGAGAAGAUGGCUCAGCUCAGAGUUGAACUGCUGCAGCUAUAUGAGCGCUGUAUUCUAUUAGAUAUUGAGUUCUCUGAUCAUCAGAAUGUGGAUCAGAUCCUGUGGAAGAAUGCUUUCUAUCAGGUGAUUGAGAAGUUCAGGCAGCUUCUCAAGGAUCCGAAUGUUGAGAACCCAGAACAGAUUCGGAACAGACUUUUGGAGCUCUUGGAUGAGGGUAGCGACUUCUUUGAUAGUUUGCUUCAGAAGCUGCAAGUUACUUACAAGUUCAAGCUGGAGGACUACAUGGAUGGUCUUGCCAUUCGCAGCAAGCCAUUACGGAAGACAGUAAAAUAUGCCCUGAUCAGUGCCCAGCGAUGUAUGAUUUGCCAGGGAGAUAUCGCUAGGUAUCGGGAGCAAGCCAAUGACACCGCAAACUAUGGGAAAGCACGAAGUUGGUACCUGAAGGCCCAGCACAUUGCUCCCAAGAAUGGGCGCCCCUAUAACCAGUUGGCUCUGCUGGCAGUGUAUACGAGGAGGAAGCUUGAUGCUGUCUAUUACUAUAUGCGCAGUUUAGCUGCCAGCAACCCUAUCCUGACUGCCAAGGAGAGUCUCAUGAGCUUGUUUGAAGAGACCAAACGAAAGGCAGAACAGAUGGAGAAGAAGCAACAUGAAGAAUUGGAACUGAGCCCUGACCAAUGGCGGAAAGGAAAGAAAUCUACUUUCCGGCAUGUUGGAGAUGACACCACUCGCCUGGAGAUCUGGAUUCAUCCAUCCCGUCCCCGGUCCUCCCAGGGCACUGAGUCUGGGAAGGAUUCUGAGCAGGAGAAUGGGCUGGGCAGCCUGAGCCCCAGUGAUCUGAACAAAAGGUUCAUCCUCAGUUUUCUCCAUGCCCAUGGGAAGCUGUUUACCCGGAUUGGGAUGGAGACAUUCCCUGCGGUGGCUGUGAAGGUCCUCAAGGAGUUCCAGGCGUUGCUGCAGCACAGCCCCUCUCCCCUCGGCAGCACCCGCCUGCUGCAGCUCAUGACCAUCAACAUGUUUGCUGUACACAACUCCCAGUUGAAAGACUGCUUCUCGGAGGAGUGCCGCUCUGUGAUCCAGGAACAAGCCGCAGCCCUGGGCCUGGCCAUGUUUUCUCUCCUGGUGCGGCGCUGCACCUGCUUACUUAAGGAGUCGGCCAAAGCUCAGCUGUGCUCUCCUGAGAAUGAGGAGGACCAAGAUGACAUCAAGGUGUCGUCCUUCGUCCCGGACCUGAAGGAGUUGCUCCCCAGUGUGAAAGUCUGGUCAGACUGGAUGCUCGGCUACCCAGACACCUGGAAUCCUCCGCCCACCUCCCUGGAUCUGCCCUCACAGGUUGCUGUGGAUGUGUGGUCAAUGCUGGCUGAUUUCUGUAACAUACUGACUGCAGUGAAUCAGUCUGAGGUGCCACUGUACAAGGACCCGGACGAUGACCUCACCCUCCUUAUCCUGGAAGAGGAUCGGCUUCUCUCGGGCUUUGUCCCCUUGCUGGCUGCCCCUCAGGACCCCUGCUACGUGGAGAAAACCUCGGAUAAGGUUAUUGCAGCCGACUGCAAAAGGGUCACAGUACUGAAGUAUUUUCUGGAAGCCCUUUGUGGACAAGAAGAGCCUCUGCUGGCAUUCAAGGGUGGAAAAUAUGUGUCAGUGGCACCCGUCCCAGACACCAUGGGAAAGGAAAUGGGAAGCCAAGAGGGAAAACAACUGGAAGAUGAGGAGGAGGACGUGGUGAUUGAAGACUUUGAGGAAGAUUCAGAGGCUGAAGGCAGCGGGGGUGAGGAUGACAUCAGGGAGCUUCGGGCCAAGAAGCUGGCUCUAGCCAGGAAGAUAGCGGAGCAGCGGCGUCGCCAGGAGAAGAUCCAGGCUGUCCUGGAGGACCAGAGUCAGAUGAGGCAGAUGGAGCUCGAGAUCAGACCGUUGUUCCUUGUGCCAGACACCAACGGCUUCAUUGACCACCUGGCCAGCCUGGCCCGGCUGCUGGAGAGCAGGAAGUACAUCCUGGUGGUGCCCCUCAUCGUGAUCAAUGAGCUGGACGGCCUGGCCAAGGGGCAGGAGACAGACCACCGCGCUGGGGGCUAUGCCCGUGUGGUACAGGAAAAGGCCCGGAAGUCCAUUGAGUUCCUUGAGCGGCGAUUUGAGAGCCGGGACUCUUGCCUGCGGGCCUUGACCAGCCGUGGCAAUGAACUUGAAUCCAUCGCCUUCCGCAGUGAAGACAUCACUGGCCAGCUGGGUAACAACGAUGACUUGAUCCUCUCCUGCUGCCUCCACUACUGCAAAGACAAGGCUAAGGACUUCAUGCCCACCAACAAAGAGGAGCCAAUCCGGCUGCUGCGGGAGGUGGUGCUGUUGACCGAUGACCGGAACCUGCGUGUGAAAGCGCUGACCAGGAAUGUGCCUGUGAGGGACAUCCCGGCCUUCCUCACGUGGGCCCAGGUGGGCUGAGGGGGCUGCAGUGGGGCCCGCCCCUACGGAGCCAUUCCUGAGAGGCCACCAGGCGCCCAGUGGAGCACAGAAGAUGCCCACGUGCCUGAGCCACCAAUCCACCCAGACAAUAAACCAUCCUCUUCCAACCCACGCCGUGGCCGUGCUGUGGGGGAGCUGCUCCUCACAGAGCCCCUCCCAAGGGUUGGGCGGAAGCUGCCGGGACCCUCCUGGGCUGCCGGAUUUAGCAGGGAGGUGGCUAGCUGCAGUAACCGCAGGCAGGUGAGCCGGGGAAGCCGCCCGUGCUCGGCCUCUCCCCCCCCCACCCCCGUCCAGGUCCAGGGCUGAGGGAAGGCCUUCUUAGCCCGGGACUCGGCCGCUUUCUCAGCUGCAGGUGGGGCAGGGGGUAGAGUUCCCAUCGGAUGCAGGCGAAGUCAUGGGUCCCUCUCAUCUUCUUCAGAACCCCUGUCCUGGGGGUGUCGAGCAGGUUUUGCUCUUGCCCUGAAAGUAGUGCCCAGGGUGUGUCUCUCCCCCUGAGGCCUGGAUUCCCCCCCCCCCGCCCCGAGACCCCAGCUGGGUUCUGAACACCAUGUCCUAAACCGCAGCCCUCGGCCCCCACGUCUCCUACCCACCUCACCCCCAGCCCACACACCCAUCCUGCUUCCUGCUGCUCCUCUCCCUGCCCUCGCCAGUCUGGGCCCAUUGUGUUCUCCUCAGUGGGUCCUGGGUCUGCAGGGCGGGGACAUCUGCUCUCAAGCCCAUGCUUCCUGGGUGGCCUUUCCCUGCUCCCUUUCCCCUCACUGGCCUGCCUUUUGCUCUCGUUCCCCCUUCCGCAAACUGUCCUCAGACUCUUCUCAAUUCGCCCUCCCUCUCUCCCUCCUCAGUCAUCCAUCCCCCUCGGCCUCCUUUCUCCUUGACCCCUCAGCCUCCAGGCCCCUUAGUUCCUUUCCAUGGGGCUUCUCUCUCUCAGUCCCUCCUCCUGCGAGACCUGUGGCAGGAGCCUAGUAAAGCCUCCCUGCCCUUGACCAUCUUCCCCAGGCCUCUGUGCUCUGAGAAACCUUCAGGCUGGUCCAGUCCAGCCUGAGGGUGGAGUGGGCCAGUGCCUGGGAAGAGCAUCGCUUAGCCUGGAGUUUGCACCGUUUCUAGCUUUGCCCUAGGAGGACCGGACACAGGGAGGGGCCCUUUGGCCUUGGAGUUUUGGGGGUUGCCUCCUUAGCUGGCACCUGUGUUCAAAGCCUCCUUCCUACUGGGAAUGCGUUCUCUCGACCCAGGGACAGGGAUGAGGGGAACUUCGGGGAGGUCAGCAUUUGGAGGAGGAGCCCAGAGUAAAUUUCGAUGGGACCAGUGGGGGACUGCCCCAGAGCCUCCUCUCUGUCUAUGCAGAGGCUGGAAGCAAGGCUGUGCUCUCCCUGAAGCCCAAGAUUACGCCAGAAGGAGGGGGAACUGUGCAGGAGAGCCGAGGCCAGUGUAAGUCCCCCAGGGCCUCAGAAGACUGGGGGCUCUUUGGCAUACAGGCUUCCCAGCUUCUCCUUUGAGAUCUUCUCCCCUGGAUGAGGGCUGAUGACCGGGUCGGGCGGAGCGCGGGGUGGGGGAGACCCCAUCUCUCUUUUCUGUCCCAUUGGCAGCACUGCUCUUGUUUCCUUAAUAAAUUUUUAGUUACGAACA